AUGACAACAGAUUCGAGGUCACCCACAGACCUGGCGACUGUCAACAUUCUUGAUGCUUCUCACCGCCAGGCCUUGGAGCGAGCGCUGACGCGUGUACUUCUCACCAAUCAUGUCGAGGUCGCCUACGCUGAGAUCCUGGAUGGCAUGCCACUGGCGGCUACUUAUCAGCAUGAGAGAUGGCGAGACAGGCCCGGGGAUGACGACCCUUGGGGUAGUCACCGACCGCCCAUCGUCUUCACCCACGGGCCGUACAACGCUUUCGAGCAGUACCCUCACGGUCUGGCAGACGUAGCAGCAUACUGGGCUGAGGCCCGGAUUUUCGGAGGAGUAUUCGUCUUCGACAGAGGAGAGACAGAAAUCGAAUGUCGGGAAAUUUACAUGCACGCCUGCUUUCCCGGGUCACCUCGAACACUGUUCGCCUUGACUUCCAAGCAGUUUGGUGAGCUCAUUCACUUUCUUCUGGACGAGGAUGGUGAACUCAGCGAUGGUUCCUAUGAAUCCUCUGCUCAGAUCGAGUCUACUGCGCAAUGUCCGUUGCCGAUCAGGGCGACCUCUGAGAAUCGCUGGCGAUGGGACCCAUGGGAUGCCAUCGCGUGCUUUCAUGUUUUCCGCGAUAAGUACGAACGCAAGGUUGCGAAGUACAAACCCAUUCACCUGCAGCCUGCCCGAAGGACUGGCGACUGGCCGGAGCUUGGGGAUCAGAUGCUUUUAGAUGUUUGUGAGUACGAACGUCAACAAGGAACGCAUGUCGACCAAGCCAUGAUUGAUAGGCUUAACACGUCAAUCAAGAUGAUCACGCCGUCAUCUCCACUGUGGCCCGGGUAUAGUCGUUGGGCCGAGGAGCAGUCACGACCGCGAUUCGAGGGCGAAUGA